UAAAAAACUAAAAAAAGAGAGACAAACAAACCGAGAAUUAUGAGAGAGAGAAUGACAGAUGGAUGAAGAAGAUGAGGAUGAGAGGAAGAGCUUCAUGAUUUGUCAUCGCGACCGCGAUUCUCUUCCAAAUUUCUGUCCCUCAGCGAAUUUUCCCACCUCUGUCUGAAACUUUUAUUUCAAUAACCAAUUAUAUUCUUCAAAUACCUCCGAUCAUCAUCUAAUCUCAGGUUAUACGUGAAUGGCAGAGUUAAAAACCGCUAAAGUUGAAAGCCGUGCAGAACCAUUUGGAGCAUAUGAGCCUACUGUGGGCGCAGAUGUGGUUAGUGGUAAUGCUGCAACAGUUAAUCCUGAGUUUAACGUAUCAGCCAUUAGAGAUUCUUAUAUAGAAUCUUCAACAGAGGUUGAGAAUUCUAAAGAUGUUCAACAAUCUCAAACAGAUGGCUCAACUGGCAUUGCCAAAAUUUAUGUCGAUGACACAUUUCUGGCAUCCAGUUUCUCUAAUUCUGAAGAAUCAGUUAUUGCUUCUGAUGCUGCACUUGCCGCGGGGUUAACCGAUAAAGAAAGUCCCAAUAAAACUAUCAUUGAAGAAGUGUCGGAGCCAAAUGAAGUUACGGGUGAAAUUGGUUUACCUCGUGUAACGAUUACCGAGGCUACAGGAAGAAAUGGUAGAUCACCUAGAACUCUAUUAUCUCCUAUAAAUAUUGGAUCUCCUAGAGCGCUCUCGUCUCCAAGAUUCUCAGGAUCACCGGUGAGCACUGGAACACCCAAAAAUAUGGACUCAUAUAGAGGUUUAAUCGAUACUGCAGCACCAUUUGAAUCUGUUAAAGAAGCUGUCUCAAAAUUUGGAGGAAUUACUGACUGGAAAUCCCACCGAAUGCAAGCAGUAAGGAGACGCAAGCUUAUAGAAGACGAGCUUAAAAAGAUCCAGGACGAGAUUCCUGAGUACAAAUCACACUCGGACUUGGCUGAGACUGCAAAACUGCAAAUGCUUAAGGAGCUAGAAAGCACAAAGAGAAUCAUUGAACAGUUGAAGCUUAAUCUUGAGAGGGCACAAACAGAAGAACAACAGGCGAGGCAGGACUCAGAGCUUGCUAAGCUGAGGGUUGAAGAGAUGGAACAAGGAAUAUCUGACGAAUUGAGUGUUGCAGCUAAAGCGCAGCUUGAGGUGGCCAAAGCGAGGCAUACAUCAGCAGUUAAAGAAUUGCAUUCUGUCAAAGAGGAGCUAGAAAGUCUGCACAAGGAAUAUGAUGCUCUGGUGAAAGAUAAAGAUGCAGCCGCAAAGAAAGUUGAAGAAGCAGUGUUGGCAUCAAAAGAAGUUGAGAAGAGAGUUGAAGAACUCACCAUUGAGCUGAUAGCUACAAAGGAGUCACUGGAGUCAGCACAUGCUUCACAUUUGGAGGCUGAAGAACAGAGGAUUGGAGCAGCCAUGGCCAGAGACCAGGAUAGGUACCGCUGGGAGAAAGAACUGAAGCAAGCGGAAGAAAAAGUCCAAAAACUUAACCAACAGAUACUUUCGUCGAAUGAUUUAAAAUCAAAGCUUGACACUGCCUCAGCAUUGCUUCUUGAUUUGAAGGCGGAAUUAGUAGCUUAUAUGGAAUCCAAGCUAAAGCAGGAAUCAUGUGACUCAAUCAAAAACAGCGAUCUUCCGACAGAAAACAUGAGUCAUCCAGAUUUACAUGCAUCUGUUGCCUCUGCAAAGAACGAACUUGAAGAAGUCAAUGUCAAUAUCGACAAAGCAGCUGCUGAAGUGAAUUGCUUAAAAGUAGCUUCCACUUCUUUGCAAUUAGAACUUGUGAAAGAAAAGUCUGCUCUUACCUCAAUCAAACAAAGAGAAGCGAUGGCCUCCAUAGCUGUUGCUUCUCUAGAAGCUGAGAUCUACAGAACGAAAUCCGAAAUAGCUUCUGUUCAGUUAAAGGAGAAAGAAGCGAGAAAAAAAAUGGUGGAGCUACCCAAGCAACUUCAGCAAGCCGCAGAAGAGGCUGAUGAAGCAAAGUCGCUUGCUGAACAUUCUCGUGAAGAGCUACGAAAGGCCAAAGAAGAAGCAGAACAAGCAAAGGCUGGAACAAGCACAAUGGAGAGCAGGCUAUUUGCUGCGCAAAAAGAAAUUGAGGCAGCCAAAGCUUCAGAGCGGCUGGCCUUAGCCGCCAUCAAGGCUUUGGAAGAGAGCGAAUCAACAUUGAAGGCUAAUGACAUUGAUUCUCCACGAAGCGUUACACUUUCACUAGAAGAAUACUAUGAGCUCAGCAAACGUGCUCACGACGCAGAAGAACUGGCAAACGCAAGAGUAGCAGAAGUGGUUUCUCAGAUCGAGGAAGCUAAAGAAACCGAAAUGAGAAGCUUGGAGAAGCUGGAAGAAGUGAACAGGCACAUGGAUGCAAGAAAGAAAGCUCUAAAAGAAGCAACCGAAAAGGCUGAGAAGGCAAAAGAGGGGAAGUUGGGGGUGGAACAAGAGCUGAGGAAGUGGAGGGCAGAGCAUGAACAGAAGAGAAAGGCUGGUGAUGGAGUCAACACUGAGAGAAUUCAGAGAGCAACCUCCGAAGGAGAAAAUGAGCUAAGUAAGUUGGAGCAAUCACCUGGGACUGCUGUUUAUGCCUCCAGCCCAAGUGAGUCAGAUGGAACAGAAGAUAACUUUGAAACCAAUCAAUUCCCACCGACGAAGCCUGGAAAGAAGAAGAAGAAGCUUUCGUUCCCACGGUUUUUUAUGUUCUUGUCAAAGAAGAAGUCACAUAAUUGAGUUCAUUACCGAUUCAAAACACAUAAUUCACGGUUUCUGCUUCAUAUUCUGGAGCUUCGCUUUCAGAAAGGACUACAUUUAAACAAGUGUAUUUUGAUGUAAAUGGUUUUAUUUUGUGCACUGUAAAUCGGGUCUUUCUUUAAUCAAGAAACAAACUCGACGAGGAAUAAGUAAUUUAUCUUGUCAAAA